CUUCUGCUUCAGCAAAAAAAUAUCCGACGCGCCACCCCUUAUCCGCUGCUGCGCAAUUCAAUCCCCGGAGAGAGAUGCUUCCCUCUUCUUCAUAUUUUGCUGAAAAUUCCCAUAAUACCCCUCGCCGUUGGAACUAACCUUCCCAAAAUACGAAUGGCUCUUUCUUCCCAUUCAUACCCUUCUUCUUUCUCUCUCUUCCUUUCCUCUCCCAAGAAACCCCUCUCUCCUUUCAAACACCUCUUCUUCUCCUCUUCUUCCCUCCAAAACUACAAUUCCCAUAAUACCCCUACCAAAAACCCAAAAUAUCCCUACCACCCCCCAACCCCUAAAAAAACCACUCCCCAUUCUUCUCCCUGGCUCCAGAAAUGGUCCCCCUCCAAACCAGACCCGAAAAUUAAUUCCCAAAAUGCCCCUCCCGAGACCCGCUACUUCGACACUGACAAGGCCCGCUCUGCUAUCGAACGGAUCGUCCACCGACUCCGCAAUCUUGGGUUGGAAUCGGACGAUGAAGAUGAGGACGUGGUCGUCAAUGGCAAUGGCGAUGGCAAUUCAGAUGGCUUGCCGUGGGCCGGCGAAGAGAAGUUGGGUGAUUUGCUCCAGCGGAGCUGGGCCCGCCCUGAUACGAUUGUUUCAAGCGAGCGCGACGAGACCCUUUUGCCGUGGGAGAGAGGGGAUGAUGGGAGUAGGGAGGUGGAUGACAGGGGUGUGAGGAAGAAGCGGGUGAAGGCGCCUACAUUGGCGGAGCUGACGAUCGAGGAUUCGGAGCUGAGGCGGCUGCGGAGAGAAGGGAUGGUGCUGAGGGAGCGGGUCAGUGUAGCAAAAGCUGGCGUGACGCAGGCAGUUCUUGAGAAGAUACACCAGACAUGGCGCAAGUCGGAGCUCGUGAGGCUUAAAUUCCAUGAAUCGCUAGCCCAUGACAUGAGGACGGCACAUGAGAUUGUUGAGCGUCGAACAGGAGGCUUGGUUACAUGGAGGUCUGGGAGUGUGAUGGUUGUGUAUCGGGGAAGUAACUAUGAAGGACCUUCCUCAAGAUCUCCAUCUUCAGAUACCCAAAGCACUCAGAAUAUCUUGCAGGGUAGGGAUGCACCAUUUGUUCCAGAUGUUUCGUCUGCAGAUGAUUCAGCUACAGAGAAUGGCAGUCAUGCAAUUUCUUCUACAGCAGAAAAGGUCAACCCAUCUGUUACGAGUCCAAUCCCUGCUGAAAGAAUGACAGAGGAGGAAGCAGAAUACAAUAGCCUUCUAGAUGGGUUGGGUCCUCGAUUCGUUGAUUGGUGGGGAACUGGGUUUUUACCUGUAGAUGCAGAUUUGCUGCCUCAGCAUAUUCCUGGUUACAAGACGCCUUUUAGACUUCUUCCUACAGGAAUGCGACCACGUCUAACAAAUGCCGAAAUGACCAGCUUACGGAAGCUUGCUAGAUCUCUUCCUUGUCAUUUUGCCCUUGGGAGAAACAGGAAUCAUCAAGGCUUGGCAGCUGCUAUUGUGAAACUUUGGGAGAAAAGCUUAGUUGUGAAGAUUGCUGUCAAGCGAGGAAUCCAGAACACGAACAAUAAAUUAAUGGCUGAAGAGCUAAAGAUGUUAACAGGAGGCAUCUUACUGCUCCGUAACAAAUAUUACAUUGUCAUAUACCGUGGAAAGGAUUUUCUUCCGACGAGUGUGGCUGCUGCUCUGGCAGAAAGGCAGGAGUUGACAAAAGAUAUCCAAGAUGUUGAAGAGAAAGCACGUACUGGAGUAGUUGGUCUCACAAGCGCAGUCGCUGCUUUAUCAGAAAGAUCAGAAUGGACAGAAGAUAAUGUAGAUGUUGAAGAGAGAUCGCUUCGAGCAGAAGUUGGGACAGCUCAUAUGGGUUUAACUGAAGGACAGGCCGCUGCAGGUACCUUAGCUGAAUUUCUUGAGGCUCAGGCCCGAUGGGGAAGGGAAGUAUCUACCGAAGAACAUGAGAAAAUGAAAGAAGAAGCUUCUAGAGCUAAGACUGCAAAGGUGGUCAAAAGGAUUGAACAUAAACUAGCUGUUGCCCAAGCCAAGAAACUAAGAGCGGAGAAACUGCUAUCAAAGAUCGAGGCAUCCAUGGUUCCAGUUGGACCUUCUGACGAUCAGGAAACAAUAACUGAUGAAGAACGGUUUAUGUUCCGAAGAGUGGGUUUGAGAAUGAAGGCAUACUUACCCCUUGGUAUUCGUGGUGUCUUCGACGGUGUUAUUGAGAACAUGCACUUGCAUUGGAAGCAUCGAGAACUGGUGAAACUAAUCUCCAAGCAGAAGACCCUUGCAUUUGUUGAAGACACAGCAAGGUUAUUGGAAUAUGAGAGCGGUGGAAUAUUGGUAGCAAUUGAAAGAGUUCCUAAAGGUUACGCGCUUAUCUAUUACCGUGGGAAGAAUUACCAGCGGCCAAUUAGCAUAAGGCCGAGAAACCUUCUAACGAAGGCAAAAGCAUUGAAGCGGUCUGUUGCAAUGCAACGGCAUGAGGCACUUAGUCAGCACAUAUCUGAGUUGGAGAGUACCAUAGAGCAGAUGAGAUCAGAACUUGGCAAUUCUAAAGACAGUGAGGAUGGAAAUGCCUGGAGUUCAGGUGAGGAGAUCCGAAUUGAUGGUGGCUCCCAGUUCACUCAGAGUGAAGAUGAAGAUUCCUUUCUGUGCUCCGAUGAAGAAGAAGAAGAUGGUGAGGAGAACAUUGGUUCUGUUGAUGAUGGAAGUUUGAAGUUUUGAGUCAUCUAAUGUGAAGAAUGAUCUCUGUCCCAGUCGGUGGAAAAUUGUAUCAAUUUUGCAAACCGAUUUUUUAGUUUUUCAUUGGUGGCAGGAGUGCAUUUCGACCAAAUUGAUCCAUCUCCAAACAAGAAGGGAGAAAUUUGGAUCGGGUCCGGCAGUGAGGUUCUUCCAUCAGAGUGUCUUGUAAUCAAAUUCCUUUAUCCAUGUCAAGCUGUCUGUUGGCUUUUAACUCAACCCUCUGUAAAUUUGUUCUGAAGAAAAGGCCUAACAAUUUCCUGCCCUCCUAAAACUUGGAAGCUGUACGUCUAUAACUGAUAAUCGUCAUUUGCAUAAUAUUUUUGUCGA